ACCCGGUAGCUGGUAUUCACUCGGAUACCUGUUCACUUGGUAUUCACGUCUCUGCUCCACCGCAAGGUCCCCAUCGUCUGCCUACACCUUCCAUCACCCUUUCGACUUCAGAGCUACCCAAAGGGUAUAUAACAUACAAUGAGAGUUCUUCCAGCUGCUUUGCUGGUUGGAGCGGCCACUGCGGCCGUUCCCCCCUUCCAGCAAGUCCUGGGGGGUGGUGCCAAGCAGGCUGCCGAUCACAGUGCCGACCAUGGUUACGACAGCUUCUCCAAGCCGCUUCACGCGUUUCAGGAGGAGCUGAAGACCCUCUCUGAUGAGGCCCGUAAGCUGUGGGAUGAGGUUGCCAACUUCUUCCCGGAGAGUCUGGAUCAGAACCCCGUCUUCUCUCUCCCGAAGAAGCACAACCGCCGUCCUGACUCUCACUGGGACCACAUCGUCCGUGGCUCCGACGUUCAGGACGUCUGGGUCACUGGAAGUAGCGGUGAGAAGGAGCGGGAGAUCGACGGAAAGCUGGAGGCCUAUGAUCUCAGAGUCAAGAAGGCCAAUCCUAGCUCUCUCGGCAUUGACCCCGGCGUCAAGCAGUACACUGGUUAUCUCGACGAUAACGAGAACGACAAGCACCUGUUUUACUGGUUCUUCGAAUCGCGUAAUGACCCUAAGAAUGACCCCGUUGUUUUGUGGCUCAACGGUGGCCCCGGGUGCUCUUCCCUCACCGGUCUGUUCAUGGAGCUCGGCCCUAGCAGCAUUGAUAAGAAGCUCAAGCCGAUCUACAAUGAUUACGCUUGGAACUCCAACGCCUCCGUGAUCUUCCUUGAUCAGCCCGUCAAUGUUGGUUACUCCUACAGUAACUCCGCUGUCAGCGACACGGUCGCUGCUGGCAAGGACGUCUACGCCCUGCUUACCCUCUUCUUCAAACAAUUCCCCGAGUAUGCGACUCAGGACUUCCACAUCGCCGGUGAAUCUUAUGCCGGCCACUACAUUCCCGUUUUUGCUUCGGAGAUCCUGUCUCACAAGAAGCGCAACAUCAACCUCCAGUCUGUUCUGAUCGGUAACGGUCUCACCGACGGUUACACUCAGUACGAAUACUACCGCCCCAUGGCCUGUGGUGACGGUGGCUACCCUGCUGUCUUGGACGAGGCUUCCUGCCAGGCCAUGGACAAUGCCCUGCCUCGUUGCCGUUCUAUGAUCGAGUCCUGCUACAAGUCCGAGAGCGCUUGGGUCUGUGUCCCUGCCUCGAUCUACUGUAACAACGCCCUCCUCGCCCCCUACCAGCGCACCGGCCAGAACGUCUACGAUGUUCGUGGCAAGUGUGAGGAUAGCUCUAACCUCUGCUACUCGGCUAUGGGCUACGUCAGCGACUACCUGAACCAGCCUGAGGUCAUCGAGGCUGUUGGCGCUGAGGUCGACGGUUACGACUCGUGCAACUUUGAUAUCAACCGCAACUUCCUCUUCCACGGUGACUGGAUGAAGCCCUACCACCGCCUCGUCCCCGGUCUCCUGGAGCAGAUCCCUGUCUUGAUCUAUGCCGGCGAUGCCGAUUUCAUCUGCAACUGGCUGGGCAACAAGGCCUGGACUGAAGCUCUGGAAUGGCCCGGCCAGACCGAAUAUGCCGCUCUUGAGCUGGAGGACCUGACCGUGAUUGACAACGAGUCCAAGGGUAAGAAGAUCGGCCAGGUCAAGUCGUAUGGCAACUUCACCUUCAUGCGUCUCUAUGGCGGUGGCCACAUGGUCCCCAUGGACCAGCCCGAGGCCAGUCUCGAGUUCUUCAACCGCUGGUUGGGAGGUGAAUGGUUCUAGAGCAGAUUUGCCACCAGCGAUUAGACUGCGUGCUCCUUGCGUGACUGCAUAUGUUUCUAACGAUAGUUGAGGAUGCUUCCAAUGCCCACUAGUUCCAGUUAUGUUGCAUGAAAUAUAUGGUACUGUCACUAGUGUUAUGCAAUAUUGUACUUCGUAUAAGAAUGAAUUGAUCUACCUACCAACAUGCAC